AUGUUCAAAAGAGCUUUACUAGUGGCUGUCUCGUUACUUGCGGCCCCUAUUGGCGCCAUUCUGGGCUGUUCUUCGGGGACGCAAGUCUCGAAAGGAUUUGACGUAACAUUCUAUACGUACGUGAAGUCCAGCAAUGUCGGUUACCAAGAUGGGUUCUUUGAAGGAGGUUACCGUACAACCCAAUACAACCAUGUUUCGGGAAUCACGGAAACCUUUUUCGAAGUGGGACUUGAGAGCAUUAGUGCUGUACAGCAGGGUGAAGUCUAUGGAGUGUCCACGACCAUCUCAAACUUCACCCUCGAGAUGAACGGUUACUUCUACGCUGACAAGUCUGGCUCCUAUAAAUUUUACGGAGGUGUCAACGACGGAUACACUUUCCUGAUCGGAUCUGGUACUUCUUGUUGCGACCUUUUGAACGGAGUAAACACCACAAGCACCUUCAAGAACACCAAGGGCAACACGAAUUGGGGAGACAAUCUGUAUGACCUGGCAACGCUUGAAUUAGUAGGAGGAAACUAUUACCCUGUCAAGAUCGUUUACUUCAACAAAGUUAGUCAAGGUUUUUUCAACAUGACUUACAUUCCACCAUCAUCAUCUGCGGCAUAUGACAUUGGUCUGAACAUCUACCAAGUAACAUUUGAUUCCAAUAUGUGUAUUCAAACCACCUCAACAACCACAAUUCCUUGGACCGGCACUUUCACCUCCACCUACACCACUGCAACUACUGUCACUGAACUGACAAGAACUUUCCCUGAAACUUUAGUUGUCAUCGAGACUCCUGUGUCCACUCUUACCACUACCAUCCCAUGGACGGGAACUUUCACUUCGACUUAUACCACCGACACCGUGAUUACUGGACUGGGUACCACUGUCACUGAAACUUUGGUUGUCAUCGAGACUCCUGUGUCCACUCUUACCACUACCAUCCCAUGGACGGGAACUUUCACUUCGACUUAUACCACCGACACCGUGAUUACUGGACUGGGUACCACUGUCACUGAAACUUUAGUUGUCAUCGAGACUCCUGUGUCCACUCUUACCACUACCAUCCCAUGGACGGGAACUUUCACUUCGACUUAUACCACCGACACCGUGAUUACUGGACUGGGUACCACUGUCACUGAAACUUUGGUUGUCAUCGAGACUCCUGUGUCCACUCUUACCACUACCAUCCCAUGGACGGGAACUUUCACUUCGACUUAUACCACCGACACCGUGAUUACUGGACUGGGUACCACUGUCACUGAAACUUUGGUUGUCAUCGAGACUCCUGUGUCCACUCUUACCACUACCAUCCCAUGGACGGGAACUUUCACUUCGACUUAUACCACCGACACCGUGAUUACUGGACUGGGUACCACUGUCACUGAAACUUUAGUUGUCAUCGAGACUCCUGUGUCCACUCUUACCACUACCAUCCCAUGGACGGGAACUUUCACUUCGACUUAUACCACCGACACCGUGAUUACUGGACUGGGUACCACUGUCACUGAAACUUUGGUUGUCAUCGAGACUCCUGUGUCCACUCUUACCACUACCAUCCCAUGGACAGGAACUUUCACUUCGACUUAUACCACCGACACCGUGAUUACUGGACUGGGUACCACUGUCACUGAAACUUUGGUUGUCAUUGAGACUCCAUCUUCAAUUCUCUCAUUUCCAUGGACUAAUUCUCUGUCUUCGUUAACAACGAAUGGCAACACUGAGGAGUCUAGCACUCAGAUUGUACCAACUUCCGUAGAUACCAGUUCAGUUACUGUUCCAUGGACAGGUACUCACACUUUGACUCAGACUAUUCUGUCUGUGGUGACCUAUGAGGGUACCACCUCAAGCGAAGAAGUGGUUAUAGUUGAGACGUCAACUUCAGGCAAAAGUUCAUCAACUGUUGUGGAAACCAAUUCGGUUGUCGUCACCGAGACUAUUUGCCCCAUUUGCACACAGUAUUCCUCAACAUGGACUACGACAAUUGUCAAGGGUGUGACGACUACAGUGUGUGGCGAGGUACAUGUUUCGACUGAUUCCGCAGGUGGGCCUGUCACCACCUUGGUGCAUUCCACUCCAACUGAAGGCAACACUGUGACUUUUGUCACUACUGACUUCAUUGGACUGACUGUAACUGUCUGCGGUAUUGAGAGCUCGUCAUCUGACAUCUCUGGCAAUCUAAGCGUUGUCACAGUCACCGUUUCUACUGUUUCCACUGUUUGUGAAUCCAGUGAAUACAACAAUAUUCAUAAGCCAGAAGAACAAACUUCAACUGGUGGGCAACCCGGAGGUCAAACGACAGUGGUAGCUUCCAGUGUGGCUGAGAGUUCUGCUGCAGAGAAAGCUACCAGUGAAAGUAGUAAUGGCGAGCAGAAUCAGAUAAGUGAAGAAACUACCGUUGUAUAUGUCACUACCACAACUGGCUCACAGGGCUCUAACAUUGAAACUUACCAGGCUACUGAGUCUGUACCAAAUGCUGCUGGUUCUACAUUAGUUUCAACUUAUAUCAGCUCAAGUGUUGCAAACCAGGAGUCUCUGUCAGUUUCUGCUGAUAUUUCAACUUUCGAAGGAGGUUCUUCCACUACUCGUUUCAGUUUAACAAUAAUUAUUAGUGUUAUUGCUCUUGCAAUGGUUUGA